AUGAGGCGGACUAAUCUGACCAUAUUAAGUACUUCUAAGGCUACGUCUAAUUUUACGAGCGCGGCUUACCGAGCGAAUUACCAGCAGAAGUUAAGCAAAGUAUUCUUGAAAAACCUGACAUGUCACGAUGCGAACUCCCUUAAGCACGAGCAGCUGGAAUACAGGAAGGCGCUAGUUCGACAUCGUCUUUCUGAGCUUAAGCAAUAUUAA